GCUAUCAUAUGGGACAUCAGGGUUCGGGGCAGAUGCAUCCAUCCUUAAAUCAACAGUUCAAAGAGUUGGGAUAUUGGCUGCUUCAAGAUUGGUGCUACAUUUUAGUGUUCAAUGAUGGGGUUGGUGCCGAUUACGUACAGAAAGAGAAGGUUGUUCCACGUGGAAUUGGUUCCAAUGAUGUUGGAUUAAGGUGCGCACGUUUGGAUGGCGAUGCUGAUCGCCUAGUAUAUUUUUCGGUCUCAACUAACAGUAGCAGAAAAUUUGAUCUAGUUGACGGGGACAAAAUAUUAUCCUUAUUUGCUUUAUUCAUCAAAGACCAACCAAGCAUUCUAGCCAAGGAUGGCAAUGAAAAACCAAAUAAUAAUUCUCAAGCUCGACUUGGUGUUGUACAGACAGCUUAUGCUAAUGGAGCAUCCGCCGAUUAUCUCAAACAGUUGGGUUUGGAAGUCAUUUUUACUCCUACAGGGGUAAAACACUUGCAUUAGAAAGCUGCUCAGUUUGAUAUUGGAAUCCUGGUUGUCUUGGUUAGAGGCCAGGAACAAUGAACUCGGUUUGGCGUCUGAAGGUAAUUUAUGAAUGAAGUCCUUUUCUUUUAAGAAUUAUCUAUGAUAGUUUAUUGAGUAUUAUUUUCAUUUUUUUUUUGAGGAUCUGAACAACAGA